UUAGACAAGUCAGCAUUUUUCUCUGCAUAUGACGUCCACUGUGGGUUUUCGUAGUGUUCAUUUUCAAAUAUUGGAAGUAAGAAAUGUACGCAAGGGACUUGUUUCACAAGACGUUUACGUACGAACAAGGCUGAUACCCUUGAUGGCUGGAGCGCCUAAAGGAACAGCCAAGGGAGAGAAAGGAGAUGGCAAGAAUGAUACGGUUAGGUUAGACGUCUUUACCAACAGGAAGACAAAUACUGGACAAGACUUGGGAUUUCAUGAAGGUUUCAGUUUUUCUUUACCAGUGUUUCACUUGGUUUUUGACCUUUGGAAAACACGAGCUUUAAAAGAGGAUAAAGUAAUUGGAAAGUUUGUUGUAUCUUUAGAGGACGUCGCAAGAGCUCCGAACAUGUGCUAUUCUGGUUGGCACGAGACAAAAUAUCCUGCUGGUACCAAACGUGCGGGACAACCUUCUGGAAAGGUUUUUGUAGCAAUACAACUAGAAGCUCCUCCUCAUCUUUCGUUGACACCAGUAACUCCUCCAGGGUCUCCAGGCGUAGUGAGUCGGAGAAAGUCCUCCCAGAGCUUAAAUGCCGAUAAGCUGUCAGUUCCUGUCAGUCCAACUCUUUAUCCAAAUUUGGAUGAACCUCCAAAGGAUAGUUCUUUUGUAUUCCAAGGAGGGAAUAGUUACACUGCAGAUGGGCAGCCAUAUCCAAUGGAAGGAUUGUAUUCAUCCUAUUAUGGAGCAGAGGAUAUUCCAAAGGCAACCUUGACUUGUGUGGAUUAUUAUCCCUCUUCUAAUCCGUAUUUGAUGGCUUCAGCUCCUCCUGUUGAUAAUGCUUAGAGUCUUUUAUGUACAGAAAUAAAUAUUCGAUUGAUUAG